CUGGGAGUGUUUACUGGGAUGCACUUGUCGGUAGGUAGAAUCUGAACGUCGAAUAAAUGCUCUGACUCUCUUAACACGGCUUCGGAUUUUGUCACAGAGCGGUAACUGAACCGCCGCGGACCCCGUACCGACGCCCCCCCAACCACCCCCCUCCGCCGGCAGUAGGGGGGCCACUGCUGAAGAGAGCUUCUCCCUGCCGAUCGUCCGAGCCUGUCGGUGUGAUAUGGCGGAGAGCGGGUUGUCGGUUGAAUACUCCGGCUCUCUGACGAGCUCUGCUCUUCCGCCGCCGAGGACCCGCAUCUUCAAAAUCAUCGUGAUCGGGGACUCGGGCGUCGGAAAGACGUGCCUCACCUACCGCUUCUGUGCCGGCAAGUUCCCCGAGAAGACAGAGGCCACGAUCGGGGUGGACUUCAGGGAGAGGCUGGUCGAGAUUGACGGCGAGAAAAUCAAGAUCCAGCUGUGGGACACUGCAGGCCAGGAGCGUUUCAGGAAGUCCAUGGUGCAGCACUACUACCGCAAUGUACACGCUGUUGUCUUUGUCUAUGAUGUCACCAAUGCUGCCAGCUUCCGCACCCUCCCCGCCUGGAUUGAGGAGUGCAAACAGCAUGCUUUGGGGACAGAGGUACCCAGGAUCCUAGUUGGAAACAAGUGCGACCUCCAAGACUCCAUCCAAGUGAGCACGGAUGUGGCGCAGCAGUUUGCAGACGCCCACUCCAUGCCCCUGUUUGAGACGUCUGCAAAAAACCCAAACAGCCAAGGAGACGGGAGCUAUGGUGGUGGAAACAGUGACCACGUCGAGGCUAUUUUUAUGACGGUGGCCCACAAGCUGAAGUCUCAGAAGCCUCUGGUGUUGAGCCAGCCGCCAGGGGGACCAGGGGGCACCAUCAACCUGAGCAGGGGGAUGAAUGAUGGGGGCGAUGGGGCCAGGAGCUGGGGCUGUAGCAGCUGCUGAGGGUGGAAAAGGGAAAGAGGGAGACGGCUUCAUCUCCAGGCUGUACAAGGCCAAUGAGAUUGAAGACGAAGGAAGCUGAGGAAAGAUUGAGGGGGGGGGGGGUCGAGAAACAUGGAGUGGAUCGAGCAAAAUGGCUUCACAACACAUAGAUGACUGUCUCCGUGUGAAGACCAUACAUUUUUCCAGUGCUUGUGCUUGAUUUUUUUAUAAACGCCUUGAAAUGGUUUUGGGCAGUAUUCACAAUGUGAUAGUUGUUUUGGAAUGCCAAAAUCUACGGUUGGUUUAUGGAUAUGAUCCCGAACAAACAGCCAAAAAUCUGGUCCAAGUCCGUUCUCCUCAGAUAUUAAGUCCAAAGCCCGCAUCUCUGAAGUUACAAGUCAGUUAUCUCCUUGUGAAACGCAGUGACGUUCAUCAUUCAUCUCAUGCAGAGCAGCAGCUGAUCAGCAUUACUGGUCAGGAUACAGAACAGCUUUGCUGCUCAGAGCGUGAAACUCUGAAGGUGGUUGCAGUUGCAGAUUUGCUAUUACUAUUAAAUUCAGCCAUUUCUUUAAAUGUAAAUAACCACAGAUAGUUUUACAUCCAGUGCUUCACAGCAAAACACAUGGUAAAACAGGGGAAAUUCUCUGAAGUGGUCACAUCCUCAUUUUUCACCCUCAUUCACUUAAGGUCAAUCCUUCACUCAGUCAUUCGCUUUUUUGACAUGUAGUGCUUUGGACUGGUCUGGGCUUGUCCAUGCAACUUCAGGCAAAUAGAAGGGCUGAUCUAGAAAUGUCAGGCAUGGCAGCCUGAGCAAGUUAUUGAUAGUCACAGCAUGGCCCCAGUCUUUAACUCCCCGUUUCUCCCACGCUGUGCUUAAGGUCAUAAAACUGGAUUUUGAAACAGCGUCCACCUUAAAGCCUUUAUCAUGUUAGUGCACAUUGUCUUCUAGUACUUAAUAGUUCCAAGUAAUCAAAUUAUUAUAAAAUAGUUCCCAAACAGUGAACCAUGGGGCAUUUGGGUUCCCUGGUGCAGUUGCCAUGGUUGGUAAUCCAGAGUGAUUCAGCUAAAAAGACAUUUAAACUGAUUUGAUUGGUCCAGUCCCGUCAAGCCAAGGAAUUAUUUUGGGGUAAUUAUUCAUGGGGUAGGUCCAAAUUUGGCAAAAAUCAGUAGUUAAGUAGCUAGCAGGCUGGUUACAGCCUCACAUCACCAAAGCUUGAGCUCUAUUGAUAAGUAGAAAGCUCUGAUCUUUGGCCAAUGUAACUAUUUCUCAAGACCAGUUCAUGUCCCCUUAAAGAUAACAGGACACUAACAGGACACAAAGCUCUAAGAAGUCUCUGUUCACUACCUGCUCAGCAGCAAACAGCAGACAGACUCAGUCAGAGAGCAGCUGGUGAACAUAGUGGAGCAUUUAGCAGCUAAAGAGCCAGAUAUUUCCUUCAGGAGCUGGUGGAGACCAAAAACAGAGCUAAAAGAGAGGGAAUACUGAACUUAAGAUUUAUCAGGUGGACUCAGACACCACUCCACCACUUGUUUAGCUCAGUUUGUUAGCAUCUAGCACCAGAGCUAGCACUGGGUUAUGUGUGCCCUUUAAACCAUGUCUGCCUAACAGACCUAACCUAUGAGCCUGGUGUCGAUUGUUGCAGUAAUGGGGAGAAUGGAUUCGUAGAAGGAGAAAGGAUUCAAAGGGAACCUGUGAGAGCGGAGCUCAGAGAAGCAGAGGUUUCAGACUUUGUUAGAUGUGUUUGCUUGUUCCUUCCUCUGCACAGAAAAAGGCUGCUAAAUAGCCAGAUUGGUGAAUGUAAUUAAAGCACUGUGCAGGUUAGCAAGUCAAUGAGACAGUGAAAACACUUAUCUGUCAUAGAGUGUAAGCCUUUGUGGUGUCCACCUCUACGUGUACUUGGAUGCCUAUGCCCACUACUUAUCCUGUAUGUAAGCUUGUGAUAGAAUAUUCGGCAUGUCUCUUGUAUGUUAAAAAGCUGUCUUAUUCAUUCUUUAGAAGCCAUGACACACCACAGUCUGGUGUCCAUGUAGGUCUGCAGCACUGUCUUUGAGGUUUGGGAUGUCUGUUGUGGCCACAGCUGGUCCUGUGGCUUCUCUGCUGAUGACACCCCCCAGGUCACGCUGCACGUUCUCGUCUUCUUGAAGGAUAUGGACUCAAUCAAUCAAACCAAAUGGCCUUCUCUCAGGACUCACUGUUCAGAGGCUGUGCGCACGGACUGGCUGUGCUGGCUGCAUCUCUGUGGCCUGUCAACAGUGGAAGACAUCAUGUGGGGUUUUUUUUGACUGUUUUAAAUUUGGGUCCUGAUCUCUUCUGUUAAGUGUCCUUUGUUUUUGAUAAAUGCUGCCCCCCCCCCCCCACCGUCCACCUUCACACUGGGUCCUAGAAUUUGCUUUUCCUAACUUCUGUUCACCACAGCCAUGAACAACAAACACUACACUGCUACUGUACUCAGAGAGAAAAGUCUCAGUUCCAGAAUGGUUUUGGUUCAAAAAGUGACUGAUGAAUGAAACUGCUGGGGGACAAGUGAAAACGAUGGUGCAAUGGUUGUGUCAUGUGUAACCUUUGCAAUAAACUACCCUGAACACACCGUGGAGUCAUUUCUCUCAGG